GCUGUAGCUAAGAUCAGUCCACUGCAGCAGGAGUUUCAAGAACAGCAGCACAAAAAUGAUGACUUAACUGGAUAGGAAAACAGGCACAUAUUUUCAGGAAGGCCUCUUUAUUCUUAGAAGUUACCCUUCAAGAUGACAAGUGGUGCAAACUCUCCAGGAUCUUACCUGCCCUCAAAAAUAAGAAGUUCUAAAAUAGAUGACAACUACUUGAAGGAAUUAAAUGAGGACUUAAUGCUAAGGAAGCAGGAACUGCUAGAGAUGCUCAAACCUCUAGAAGAUAAAAACAACCUCUUAUUCCAAAAGUUAAUGUCUAACUUGGAGGAAAAACAAAUGAGUCUUCAGAUCAUGAGGCAGAUCAUGGCAGGGAAGGGGUGUGAGGAAUCCUCGGUCAUGGAGCUCCUUAAGGAAGCAGAGGAGAUGAAACAGAACCUGGAAAGGAAAAACAAGAUGCUUCAGAAGGAAAUGGAGAUGCUAUGGAACAAGACAUUCGAGGCAGAAGAACUCAGUGAUCAACAAAAAGCACCACAGAUAAAAAACAAGGCAGACUUGCAGGAUGGAAAGGCUCCCAAAUCCCCCUCAUCACCUAGAAAGACUGAGAGUGAACUGGAGAAAUCAUUUUCAGAGAAAGUGAAGGAUAUAAGGAAGGAAAAGCAACAGAGGAAAAUGGAAUGGGUCAAGUAUCAGGAACAAAACAACAUCCUUCAGAAUGAUUUUAAUGGCAAAGUGAUUCAGCUGAGAAUUGAAGCCUUGAAGAACUACCAGAAGGCCAAUGAUCUGAAAUUAUCACUGAAUUUGCAGCAGAAUUUUGAGCCAAUGCAAGCAUUUUUAAAUCUUCCUGGGUCCCAAGAUACUGUGGGCACUACAACUAUGGACAGAGUGACUACUGGCAGAAAUGAACACCAAGUGAGAAUUCUGGGAGCAAAGAUCUACACAGAACAACAAGGAACUAAAGGAAGUCAGCCUGAUGAUGCAGGAGGGAGGCUCUUUUUUCUGAGGUCACUGCCAGAUGAAGCACUGAAGAAUUAGCAGGCUUUCACUCCAUUUGCUUUGGACAGAUUUAAAGACUAGGCACAGCCAUUUGUGUUAAUUAAAAUCUCUCAAACCUUU